AUGUUCUUCUGUCCAUUCUGCGGCACACUGCUGCUGAUUGAGCCGCAUCACCCCACGAACCGCUUUGCCUGCUCGAGCUGCCGAUAUGUGGCGCCCAUCACCUCCACGCAGCCACUCACAGCGAAUCACUCUUUUCUCAAAUACAACAAAGUGGUGGAGGAGAGCAGUGAUGCGGCACAAACGACUGUUAAGAAGGAAGAAGAAGAGGCCGAUGGGGGACAGGUGAUUACAGUACAGUGCCAGAAUGAUGAAAAGGCAUGUGAUGGGGAUCGUGCACACUACGUACAGAUUCAGAUGCGCUCUGCUGAUGAGCCGGCGACAACUUUUUUCAAGUGUCUGAAGUGUGGGUUUCAGUGGAAGCAAGAUUGA